UGAAAGCCAGACCGAUUUUGACUGUAAAAUUUACAGCAAAGAAAAAUGUCUGAUCACUCAUUGUCUGAAUACCUCAACACAGCACUGGAAGUGGCCCAGAUAGCCGGGGAGGUGGUCAAAGACGCAUUUUACAAAGACAAAGAUCAGAAGACAAAAGAAUCCUACGCGGAUAUUGUCACGGAAACAGACCAAGCUGUGGAAAAACUGAUCAUAUCUUUACUGCAGGAAAAAUACCCAUCUCAUAAAUUUAUAGGAGAGGAAUCCACAGCAGAAGGAAAGAAAGUAGAAUGGACAGACACACCAACAUGGAUCAUUGACCCCAUUGAUGGAACAGCCAACUUUGUACACAACAUUCCUCAGACCUGUGUGUGUAUUGGUCUGUCUGUAAAUAGAGAGAUUGUGGUAGGAGUUGUACAUCUUCCUAUAACAGGACAAACGUACUCAGCGUCCAGAGGGGGCGGAGCUUAUUGUAACAAACAGAAAAUAACAGUAUCCAAGGUCAAAGACCUAAAGAAGUCGGUAGUUAUAACUGAGGCAGGGAAUUCUAGAGAUUCACAGAUAUUGUCAACAAAGAUGAAGAAUGUUCAUAGAGUGGUGGAAGCUUCACAUGGGGUUAGGAUGUUGGGUUCUGCAGCUGUUAAUAUGUGCAUGGUUGCUUCAGGAAGUGGGGAAGCUUAUUUUGAAUAUGGCAUUCACAUCUGGGAUAUUGCUGCUGCAGGGAUAAUAUUUACUGAGGCAGGAGGCCUCUUGAUUGACCCCUCAGGGAGAGAUGUUGACUUGCUGAGCAGACAGGUAUUGGCUGCCUGUAAUCAAUCCAUAGCAGACCAGUUAAUUCCUCUACUCACUCAUGUAGAAUUUGAUCGUGAUUAGUGCAACCAAUACUUUAAUAUAUUAUCUUUAUGAUAUAUUUAUAUUUGUAUGUAUUUCUUAAUGAAUGUUUCAAUUAGUUUUUUAUCAAGUCAAUGUUUAUUACUUUAGAGCUAUAAAUAUAAUUAACUACUAAAUCUU